AUGACCAUUCAAACGGCUGCCCAGCUUCAAACUUGGUCUAACGCUGAGAUUACGGCAGAUAAGAUGCAAGACUUUGAGCAGCAUGUUACACAAAUGCUAGGCCCCAGACUCAUCAAUCACUCAGCUAGAUCGCUCCAGUCAAGUACAGCACAAGCAAUCUUCGAAGCUGGCUCUUCAAGUUCAGCCCAGCCAAUUUUCGAAGCUGACUCUUCAAGCCCAGCGCAGCCAGUUUCCCAAGUUGACUCUUCAAGUCCAGCUCAGCCAGUUUCGCAAGUUGUGUCUUCUGGACCGCCUCCUGGUGUGAUUAAUAUCACGCUCACAAUCUUACCCGGCUGUUCCAUCACCAUAUAUCAGGGUUGA